AUGCGCUCCCGGCACAGCGAGGGGCUGGCGUUUCGUUUGGGCUGCUCUGACCGGAGCUCCGCUGAAAGACGGGAUUGCGGUAGCAAAAACAGAGUUUCAUGUCCGGUGCCCGCGUGUGAAGAGGAGCUCAUCCCUGGCGUUUUGGGUUUCUGCUGUGAAGCUUGCAAGAAAGUAAUUUUUCACGUUCCAUCUGAACUAGAAGCUGGCACAUUAGUUGGCAGAGUUAAUUUGAAAGAAUGCCUUCAGUCUGCAGAAUCGAUCAGUUCCAGUGAUCCAGUCUUCAAAAUUCUGGAAGAUGGCUCUGUGUAUACAACAUCUACUGUUUCUUUGUCUUCUGAAAAAAAGACUUUUACCAUAUUACUUGAGGACAUUCAAGAACACAUAGAAAAGAAAAUACAUGUUAACUUGGUAGCAGAUAAAGAAAAGAAGACAAGGCAUACUAGAGAUACAGUUCUCAAGCGAACCAAACGAAGGUGGGGUCCUAUUCCAUCUGUUAUGAUAGAGAACUCACUUGGACCUUUUCCGCUACAAAUCCAGCAGGUCCAAUCAGACACUGCUCAGAACUACACCAUUUAUUAUUCUGCAAGUGGGCCAGGAAUUGAUCAAGAUCCGAAGGGUUUGUUUUACAUAGAAAAAGAAACUGGAAAUAUCUUUGCUACUCGUGCAGUAGACCGUGAACAGUAUCCAAGUUUUCAGAUCAUCUGCUUUGCAAGCACUCCUGAUGGAUAUUCACCAGAGGUACCGCUCGUGCAUACAAUCAGGAUAGAGGAUGAUAAUGAUAAUGCUCCACACUUUACACAGGAUGUUUUUGAGUUUUGUGUCCCUGAAAAUUCUAAACCUGGUGUAGUAGUUGGACAAAUGACUGCAGAGGACAGAGAUGAACCUUUUACUCUACAUACCACAUUGAAAUACCGCAUUGUGUCACAAACUCCACCGGUUACCCCAGUAUUUGGUAUACAUGGUGACACAGGUGUCAUUUCUGUGUUAUCACCGCAGCUGGAUAGAGAGCUGGUAUCCAAAUAUACAUUAUUAAUUGAAGUAAGAGAUAUGGCAGGUCAGCCUUUUGGUUUGUGUACCACGGGAACAGCUGUUAUUAAAAUUGAAGAUACAAAUGACAAUGCACCAUCUUUUAAGCACAUGCAAUAUGAAGCACGGGUGGAAGAAAACAGAGUGAAUGUAGAAAUACUGAGAAUUGCUGUUCUCGAUCUUGAUGAACCUGGUUCACCUGGCUCAGGAGCUGUUUUUGAAAUUACUAGAGGAAAUGAUGAUCGCUCCUUUGAAAUUACAACGGACCGAAACACGAAUGAAGGGAUUCUGUGCGUUGUCAAGGGUCUGGAUUAUGAAAGCUCCAGGCAAAGGACCCUUGUGAUUUCUGUCAACAAUGAGGCACCUUAUGUGUUAGCACCACAUUCAAGACAACUUGCCCAGAGCACCAGUACAGUUAUAGUGCACGUCAUUGAUGUUGAUGAGGGACCUGUUUUCAAACCCUGUCUCCUUACUCUGGAGGUUAAAGAAUGUGAAGAGAUGGGGACACUUAUUGGGCGUUAUGUGGCAGAAGAUCCAGAAACUGGGAAUAGUGAAGGCAUAUGCUACCGGAUAGCACCUGGCCAAUGCAAUUGGAUUAACAUAGCUGAAAAAACAGGUGAAGUCCGAACUAGCAAAGUCUUGGACCGCGAUGUGGGAGAUAUGAGACGAGGUCAAUGCAACAUUACAGUCCUCGCAAUAGACAGAAGUGGCAAGACAGGCACUGGAACUAUUCAGGUUAUCAUCAGGCCUGGGAACAAGAACUACCCGCGCAUCGCUAAAACAGAGUACAUAAUGUGCAGAGACCGAAAGCCGAUCUGCCUCACAGCGCAGGAUGCUGAUGUGUCUCCUUUCAGCAUGCCUUUUGUGUAUCGUGUCGCUGACCGAAGCUUGUCUGCCUCAUGGAAGGUAACCCCGCAUAACGAUAAAUCAGCAUAUCUUUCACCAAGGGGUGACAUUCCAUUUGGAAAGUACACUAUUCCUAUAAGCGUGUCUGAUAACGGAGGAAAACAAGGAGUCAGUUAUAUAACAGUUAAUUACUGUAAUUGUGAUACUCCAAGCGAUUGCACUGAAGAAGGUACCGACCCUCGUGACUUGCCAAGAGCUGGCCCUAGUGUCAGUCUUGGGGUAUGGGCCAUCCUUGCCAUGAUCUUAGGAUCACUCUUACUGCUGUUAAUCUUGAUUACAAUUUGUGGCUGUUGUGGCUCUGGGAUAAUGCACAGACAAGUCACCGAUGAUUGUGCUAAUCACAACUUAAUCAUUUCAAAUACGGAAGCUCCAGGGGAAGAAGUGAUGGAUCACAAUAUAAUUCCUCUACAAAAUACAAAUGAUCAAGGAGGAUAUGGAGUAAAAACAGGUGACCAACAACCGUUUGAAAUGGUGAAAGGAAAAGGGCAUACUCUGGAAUCCAUCAAGGGAAGUGGACAUCAGACCCUGGGAUCAGUCAAAGAAGUAGGAGGAGGAGGAGGAGGAGGACAGCCUAUGAUGGAUACGUGUAGAUAUUCUUACUCAGAAUGGCAUAAUUUCACACAUCCUCGCUUAGGUGAAAAGGUGCACCUAUGCAGACAGGAUGAAGAACAGAAACAUUCUGAAGAUUAUCUCCUUUCAUAUAACUAUGAAGGAAAAGGAUCUUUGGCUGGUUCUGUAGGCUGCUGCAGUGAUCAGCAUGAAGAAGAGGCACUUGACUUCUUAGAUCAGCUGGAACCCAAAUUUAGGACAUUAGCAGAAACAUGUAUAAAAAGAUAAAUG